AUGGCUGGAUCGAGUGGAGCUGAUCUUCGUGCACCGGUUUUCAAUGGUGAAAACUUUGAUUUCUGGCAGAUUCGGAUGAAGACAAUAUUCCGAUCGCACGAGCUAUGGGAUAUCGUCGAAAAUGGUGUCGAAACUUCGACGAAGAAGGAUGAAGAACUUACUGUAGCUGAAAGCAAGUUAUUGAAGGAGAAUAUAGUCAGAGAUGCGAAGGCACUUGGAAUCAUUCAAGGCGCGGUUUCGGAUCAGAUCUUUCCGAGAAUCGCAAUCCAAGAGACUGCAAAUGCUGCUUGGAAUGUGCUGAAACAAGAAUUUGUGGGAGAUAAACAGGUACGGGCUGUGAAACUCCAAGGCUUACGCCGGGAUUUUGAAUAUACUAUAAUGGGUGAAAAUGAAGCUUUCUCUGCAUAUCUAGUUAGGUUAUUUGAUUUGAUUAGUCAAAUGAGAAGCUAUGGUGAGGAGAUAAAUGUGGUAGCUAUUCUCAAAGGUUAUGAGCAAAGAAUUGAUCGGCAUGAUGAAUCUCAUACUGAGAAAGCAUUUGUUAGUCUCAGUAUUGCUCCAAAACAGAAUAAGUACAAUGGGAAUCAAGGGUUCAAACCACAGAAGAAUUGGAAGUCUAAAUGGAAGAAAGGAGAUCAUAGACCUGCAAAUCAAACUGGAAAAGUUGCAGGUACUUCUGAAGGAGCUAAGAAUCCCUGUAUUCAUUGUGAUAAAUUGCAUUUUGGUGAAUGUUGGUUCAAAGAUAAACCAAGGUGUCAUAGUUGUCAUAAGUUGGGGCAUAUUGCAAGAGAUUGCCGAGUCAAGAAGGAGAAGACUAAUCAACAUGUGAAUUUUGUUAAUCAAGUCAAUGAUACUCCUACCAUGUUCUAUGUCUGCAAUAAUGUUAAUGUGAAGAAAAAUGAAGAUAUAUGGUAUGUAGAUAGUGGUUGUAGUAACCAUAUGACUGGAAGGGAGGAGUUACUGAUUGACAUUGAUAGAAAUAUGACUGCUAAGGUAGAGAUGGGUACAGGACAGCUCAUUGAAGUCACAGGGAAAGGAAGUUUAGUAGUUGAUACCAAAAUGGGAAGGAGAUAUAUCAAAGAAGUGAUGUUAAUUCCAGGGUUAAAAGAAAAUUUGCUCAAUGUAGGGCAAAUGAUGGAACACGGUUACUUUCUUGUGUUUGGAGGUACAACUGCAGAGAUAUAUGAUGAUAGUUCAAUGUCUAAUCUGAUAGCUAGAAUACCAAUGAAGGGAAAUAGAAGUUUUCCUUUGAGACUUAUACCUGAGAUGCAGGUUGCUCUAAAGACUAGUGUGUUUCAGUCUUCUAAAAUCUGGCAUAGGAGGGUGUGCUUUUGGGAAGCAUUGCAGAGAUGCAUUUCCAAAGGAAGCAUCAUGGAGGGCCACACAACCUCUUGA